GGAGAAUGAUAUAUAAAGAGGGAGCGAACCCGUCCUCUUCCCUCCAAAGCGCCGGUUUUCAUCCUCACAGCCCUGUCACUCCAUCAGACAGAGGAAAUCACUCGCAGCGGUCAGUAUGGUGGGUCUGAAGCCGACCGAUGUUCCUCCUCCUCCGGUGGUGAAGGUCCUCAGUGCAGGAAUGGCCGGCUGCAUCGCGGAUCUGGUCACCUUCCCUCUGGACACGGCUAAAGUGCGCCUGCAGAUCCAGGGAGAGAAGGCGGUGACGGGCGCUGCUAAGGGCAUCCGUUACCGAGGUGUGUUCGGGACCAUCAGCACCAUGGUGAGAACCGAGGGCCCGCGCUCGCUCUACAACGGCUUGGUCGCAGGUCUUCAGAGGCAGAUGGCCUUCGCGUCCAUACGCAUCGGCCUCUACGACAGCGUCAAGAGCUUCUACACGCGGGGCAAAGACAACCCUAACGUGGGCGUGAGGAUCUUGGCAGGCUGCACCACGGGGGCGAUGGCCGUGUCCGUGGCUCAGCCCACAGAUGUGGUGAAGGUGCGUUUCCAGGCCCAGAUGAACCUGCAGGGUGUGGGCCGACGCUACAACGGGACCAUGCAGGCCUACAGGCAGAUCUUCCAGCUCGAGGGGCUCAAAGGCCUGUGGAAAGGAACUCUGCCGAACAUCACGAGGAACGCCCUGGUCAACUGCACAGAGCUGGUGUCUUACGAUCUCAUCAAAGAAGCCAUUCUCAAACAUAAACUCCUGUCAGACAAUCUUCCGUGUCAUUUUGUGUCUGCGUUCGGCGCCGGUUUCAUCACGACCGUGAUCGCGUCCCCAGUGGACGUGGUGAAGACUCGCUACAUGAACUCUCCUCCGGGUCAGUACAGAAGCUCCAUCAACUGCGCCUGGACGAUGAUGACCAAAGAGGGACCAACCGCCUUUUACAAAGGUUUCGUUCCAUCUUUCCUGAGGUUGGGCUCCUGGAACGUGGUGAUGUUCGUGUCGUUCGAGCAACUGAAGAGGGCUAUGAUGAUGUCCCGGGACAGAUUCGAAGCCACCACGUAGAGGCUAAACUCAAACUCACAUCCUUUCAAACACACGGACUCACACGAGCGGCUGUUUUAAACCCCUCUGGCG